GGCGGGGUCCAGUGGAGAGAGGAGUACCGGGAAUGAUAAGUGGAUACGUGCUGUGAGCAUGGGCGGUGACACCACACCUGGGGAAUUACAAGGACAAGCUACCGUGCUGUUUUUAAUGGAACUUUUCUCCCACAUGCAUUGAGUUUAAAAAGAGGUGCCCGACCAUGUACACGACGGAGCGCAGGCGGAUGAGUCUGCACGACAAGAGGAGAGAUCCGGUUCGGGUGUCAGCUGGGAGUUUGUGGCAGGACUCCCUGGCCAUGGAGCUGGGCGCCAGCGGCUUCGGUAAACAGAUAGUCUCUCCACGGAGCCGCACCAGAGCCGUGUCCGUGGCGUACAUCGUGAACGAGGACGCGUCGGUGCCGCAGAGCGAGGAGAACUUGACGCUGAAGUGUCUGAAGGAAGCCUGCUCGGACGCACGCGCUGCCUUCAAAACUAUCCCCUUUGAGAGGAUCUCCCUGGGCACCACUGAUAUACUGGAUAGUUUCUACAACGCAGAUGUAGCAGUGGUGGAGAUGAGCGACUCUUUCUGCCAGCCUUCCCUUUUCUAUCACCUGGGAGUGAGAGAAAGUUUCAGCAUGAACAAUAACAUCAUCCUGUACUGUUAUAAGCAAGACAGUGAUCUACAGGCUGUCAAGGAGCAGUGUGGAAGUUACACGUUCAUCCCGUACGUAGUGUCGCCUCAGGGCAAAGUGUUUGCCUGCGAUGCUGGAAUGAUGACCGGUCUCAAAGAGCUGAUGAAGCCCAGUUUCCAGCUGGAGCCCCUGCUGACCCCGCUGGUGGAGACACUGGUGCAUCUGCUGAACAACGUGCACAUUCAGUCCAGCGAGUACUUCCGGGAGUCAGUCAGGCAUGAGAUUCGUAUGGCGCGGGAGCGGUUCAGCGGCAAAGCCCUGAGCGAGGAGUUGAGCCGCAUCCAGAAACGUCUGGACAGUGUAGAGCUGCUCACUCCCGAUAUAGUCAUGAACCUGCUGUUGUCCUACAGGGACAUCCAAGACUAUGAUGCCAUGAUCCAACUGGUGGAGACUCUGAACGACCUGCCCAUGUGUGUGGUGGCAAGACAUCAGAAUAUCAAGUUUCACUACAUAUUUGCUCUAAACAGGAGGAAUCACCCCGGAGAUCGUGCUAAAGCUUUGGAUGCAAUUCUGCCUAUAGUGGAGUCGGGUGUUAAGGUGGCGUCAGACGUCUACUGCCUGUGUGGACGGAUCUACAAAGACAUGUUUAUGAGCUCUGGGUUUAAGGAUCACCGCAGCAGAGACCAGGCCUGCUACUGGUAUGGAAAAGCUUUUGAGACGGAGCCGACUCUUCACUCGGGCAUCAACAACGUGGUCCUCCUGAUGGCAGCCGGACAUGAAUUUGACACUUCUAUCGAGCUGCGCAAAAUAGGUGUGACUCUGAGCACCCUGCUCGGUAGAAAGGGCAGUUUGGAGAAGAUGAAGGACUACUGGGAUGUCGGCUUCUACCUCGGAGCAAACAUCCUCGCUGAUGAGAGCCGGAAAGUCAUCCUGGCCUCUGAUAAACUCUACAGACUCAACGCCCCUGUCUGGUAUGUGGCAUCCAUUAUGGAGACGUACAUCCUGUACCGUCAAUUUGCCAAGCUACCUGAGGUGAAGUCUCUUAAACAGGACACAAUGGACUUCUGGAUGGAGCUGCUUUCGCAGACCUGUAAACCAACUACCUCCUCAGGCCGCUGCCCAGUGCUCAUUCUGGAGCCCAGUAAAGUCCUCCAACCAGCUAUUGUGUGUGUGAGCGAGGAGGACGAAAGUCGCACUGUCCAGUUGAAACACGUCACACCCUUAAAGAAAGGAUUACACCAGUGGACUUUCCCAGCCUCUGCAAUUCGGGGAGUGAGUGCUUCAAAGAUUGAUGAGCGGAGCUGCUUCCUGUAUGUCCACUACAACUCAGAUGACUUCCAGCUCUGCUUCCCCUCUGAGCCUCACUGUAAAGGUUUCUGCGAGCUGGUAAACUCUCUGCUUCAGCAGGCCGAACACCCUACCCAGGACCUGAACCAUCUAGCUGAGGGAAUACUAGAGUACAUCUAUGAGACCAAUGAGAAUCGCGACAAGGUGAUUCUGGGUAAAGGGACGUAUGGCGUGGUGUAUGCUGGGAGGGACCUGAGCAACCAAGUACGCAUCGCCAUCAAGGAAAUUCCCGAGAAGGACAGAACGUACUCCCAGCCCCUCCAUGAGGAGAUAGGUCUGCACAAGAGGCUAAAACACAGAAAUAUUGUCCAGUACCUGGGCUCCGUCAGUCAGGAUGGAUUCAUCAAGAUCUUCAUGGAGGAAGUACCUGGAGGAAGUUUGUCAUCUCUCCUGCGCUCCAAAUGGGGUCCCCUGAAAGACAACGAGGCCACCAUCAUCUUCUACACCAAGCAGAUCCUCGAGGGGCUCAAGUACCUUCAUGACAACCAGAUAGUCCACAGAGACAUUAAGGGUGACAACGUAUUGAUCAACACUUACAGUGGAGUGUUAAAGAUCUCGGACUUCGGAACCUCCAAACGAUUAGCAGGGAUCAACCCCUGUACUGAGACGUUUGCUGGGACUCUCCAGUACAUGGCCCCAGAGAUUAUAGACCAAGGGCCUCGGGGUUAUGGGAAGCCGGCUGAUAUCUGGUCCCUCGGGUGCACUAUUAUAGAAAUGGCAACAGGCAAAACACCCUUCCAUGAGCUGGGAAGUCCUCAGGCAGCCAUGUUCAAGGUGGGGAUGUUUAAGAUCCACCCCAAGGUUCCAGAGUGCAUGUCGGACACGGCAAAGGUCUUCAUCAUGAACUGUUUCGUGCCGGACCCCGACGACAGAGCCACAGCCACAGACCUGCUGAAGGACACCUUCCUCAGGUCGUCCCCCAGGAAGAAGAUCAGGGUUCCGCAGGAAUCAGAAACCAAAGACUACCUUUCUUCUGCUGACUACCAACGCAGCUUGUCUGUGCCCAUCUCCAUCCUUGUGGAGGACACUGAUUCGUUCGAGGGUUCGAUCGACCUGUCCUGUUCCCUGGACCUCAGGAGGCACCAGAAAACCAUCAUAGAGGAUGAAAUCUCAGACAGCCCACCGAACACCGGAAGCUUCCUGCCAAUACCAGAGGACUCUGCAUCAGGCAUGAGCAGUCCAGCCUUAACAGAUGAGAGCGUUGGUCUUUUUAUGCUGAGAAAGGACAGUGAAAGGAGAGCCACACUGCAUCGAGUCCUCACCGACUACAUCCACCUCGUCGUCUCUAACAUACAGGAGUCUGUGCCUCAGCAUGGUGAGGGAUCAUCGAUAACUGCAGACCACAUCACUGAGCUCAUUAGCUGCCUGCGAGACAACAUCCGCUCCCCGGACAGGAAGCAGCUGACCAGCAGCCUGCAGCAACUCCGAGCCACACUGCUCACUGCCGCAGUAUCACUCAACAGCCUGCAGGCAGUGCUGUUCAGCUUCCAAGAUGCAGUGAAGAAGGUGUUGAGGCAACAGCAAGUGAAACCUCACUGGAUGUUUGCUCUGGACAAUCUGCUGAGACAGGCAGUACAAGACGCCAUCACUGUGCUCCUACCAGAGCUGAAGCUCCAGCUCCAGUCCUCAUUUGAGACAGAGGACAGCACUGCUGAGGAGCAGUUUGCUGACCCAGACACCCCUGUAGUUUUCGUCCCUGACCAUCCGUUUGCGACAGCGGACGGGCAGCAGACAGCAUCCAUAAAUGGGAUCCCGCCUACAGCGAGCCCAGACUCCCCUACAGAGCUCAUCCUCAAAAGCAACUGUCCCCUCAGUGAGAAUCUGAGAGACCUACGACUAGAGACCAGCAGACUGCUGAGUCAGCUAAAUGAUAAGGAGAGAGAGUAUCAGCAGCUACUGAGGAACUCUGUCCAGAGGAAACAGGAGCAGAUAGAUGCACUGAGGAAAGCAACAGUCACUGAAGAUGGUGAAGUGGCUACACAGAAAGACUCUAAUCCAGAAGUGAAGGCUUUGGUGCACUGGCUCAAGUCUGUCCCUGUAGAUCAAGACACUAUCAACAAGUUGCUCUCUCAUGAGUUCACCUUGGACUGCCUCUUCUACAUGGCCUCUAGGGAUGACUUGAUGUACUCUGGAAUAAGAGGGGGCAUGCUAUGUAGAGUCUGGGCAGCCAUCACAGCUCGCAGGAAGACCCAGCUCAGCACACACAACGAGGACAGCGAGGACACUCUUCUUUAAUGGCUGCUGAUGUUGUGCAUCGAAGGACAGAUUUAUUGACAGGCUGGUCCUGUGUCGUCUGGAGGAAGAGAGCCAGUGCUGAACAGAACUGAUGUAAAGCAGGAUGGAUUGUAGUUGGACUGUGAAUGUAUUUUUCUAUAAAGUUACUGACCAUUUCUUCCAGUUGUAGCGCAUGGAAGGCAGAAUGCAAAAAGAACAUUUUUGUUACAUUUUCUCAGGGCUUUGGCAAGUGGGAUAACAGUUAUGCCUUCAUUAAAAAACUGCUUAUAGAGUAUUGAUUUGUCUGCAAACAAACAUGAUAUAUAUUAGGGCUGUCAAAGUUAACGCGAUAUUAACAUGUUAACACAAAUUCGUUUUAACGCCACUAAUUUCUUUUGGAGGUUGUAGCGGGCGCAGUUUUAAAGCUAGAGUGAAGAUGGCAUCA